AUGGCAUGCGAAAUCAUCAAGGUCACGCUCGAGCGGUACGACGACCCGUCCACGCUCCAACACCCCACACCUCGGAUCUCCUGGCGGUUCGGCGGAGAUGUCAAAGACUGGUAUCAGACGUCAUACUACCUUCGGCUCGAGCGAGAUGGCGCAGUCUUUGACCAUCAUGUCGAGUCGCAGCAGUCCAUCUUUGUCGCCUGGCCGUUCGCGCCCCUGGUCUCGCGCCAGCGGUUCGAGCUGUCCGUUCGGGCUGCAGGUACUACCGGUGGCUGCACGCCAUGGCACAAGAUCAGCGGGGAGGCGGCAUUGAUGGACAAGGGGGACUGGGAGGCGGCCGUAACUCAUGGGCCAGUCCAGGAGACGGGUCAGGCGAAGCGCCCCUUCCUAUUACGCAUCAACUUCACCGCACCUGCCAAUCGAGACACUGCUCGGUUAUACAUCACCGCCUUGGGCGUCUACCGGGCAUCCCUCAAUGGCAUACCGGUCGGCGAUCACUGCCUCGCCCCAGGAUGGCAGAGCUACAAGCACCGGCUUCACUACCAGAGCUUCGACAUCGCUGCUCUGCUCGCGGACGAGAAUGAGCUGGUGUGCUGGAUGGGGGAAGGCUGGUACGCUGGGCGGCUCGGCUGGGAGGGGGGCUGGUGGGACUCGUACGGGGAAGGCGGCAUCGGCUUGAUUGCACAGCUGGAGGCUGGAGGGAAGACGGUCGUAGCGACGGGCAGGGGAGAGUGGGAGUGGGCGUACGGCCAGCUGAUCAGCUCGGAGCUGUACGAUGGGGAGGUAUGCGAUAUGUCCCAGUCGCCAACGGUAUGGGCCCCCGCACGGUCAUCCCCUUUACCCCAAGCUCGGCUCAUCUCCCCCGAAUCCCCACCUGUUCGUCGGACGGAACGUCUCCCCGUGCUCGACAUCAUCACCACUCCCAGCGGCAAGACAAUCCUCGACUUUGGCCAGAACCUCGUCGGCUGGGUCCGCUUCCUCGCCACUCCCUCCUCUCCGACCGUCGUCCUCCGGCACGCCGAGGUUCUCGAGCACGGGGAGCUCGGGACACGUCCUCUGCGCGAGUGCAAGGCAACCGAUCGGGUCACCGGCGGUCAAGCAGGCUGGGAGCCGUCCUUCACCUUCCACGGCUUUCGGUAUGUGGAGGUGGAAGGGUGGGACACAGUGACGAAGGAUAGCGUGGAAGCGGUGGUGAUCUGUACGGAUAUGGCGCGUCUCGGCGACUUUCGGUGCUCGCACGCUGGCAUGACAAAGUAUCACGAGAAUACGGUGUGGGGACUGAAGGGAAACUUUGUGUCAGUCCCGACGGACUGUCCACAGCGGGACGAGCGGAUGGGCUGGACUGGCGAUCUAUGCGCAUUUGCCCAGACCGCGAGCUUCCUCUACGAUACACUUGGUAUGUUGGGGAACUGGCUUGAAGACCUCUCCUGCGAGCAGCUACUCGACCAUCAUGGAACACCACCCCUCGUCGUCCCCAAUAUCCUCAAGGCCCCGCCGCCGACCUAUGCACUCUGGGGCGACGUCACGUCCAUGACGCCUUACGACCUUCAUCGGGCUUUCGGGGACAUCCGGGUCUUGGAGGAGCAGUGGGAGAGCGCCAAAGCGUGGCUGGAUACGGCGGUCCAGCGGGCGCCGUCGGGGCUGUGGACACCAGAUAUCAUUCAGCUGGGCGACUGGCUGGAUCCCGCGGCUCCCGCGGAUGCCCCGAACGAUUCUCCGUCCGACAGUAUCCUCGUCGCCAACGCCGUACUCAUUCACACGACCCGGACCGCUGCCACUAUCGCCGGUCUCCUCGGCAAGGAGGCGGAGGCGGAGCGGUAUGGCAGGCAGGCGGAGACCCUCACCCAGUCAUUCCGAGACGAGUACGUCACUCCCAGCGGUCGCGUCGUCUCGGAUACACAAGCCACACUAGCCCUCGCGCUGCACUACGGCCUGAUCCCCAAAGCUGGCAUACCCGUCGCGGCGGAGCGUCUCGCCUAUCUCGUCCGCAAACGGGCCUUCAAAAUUUGCACUGGCUUCGCCGGAACCCCCAUCAUCCUCCCAAGCCUCGUAAACAGCGGCAACCUCUCCAUCGCCUAUCGGAUGUUUCAGGAGAAACAAUGCCCAUCACUCCUCUAUCCCAUCUCGAUGGGCGCCACGACGAUAUGGGAACGCUGGGACGCCAUGCUUCCCGACGGCUCGAUCAAUCCCGGCAAGAUGACCAGCUUCAACCAUUACGCACUCGGAGCCGCGUCAAACUUCCUGUACGAGGUCGUCGGCGGGAUAUCGCCCUUGACGCCGGGGUGGAAGCGGAUCUCGAUCCACCCUCGGCCGGGUGGAACGGUCACGAGCGCUUCUGUCAGCCAUAUCUCGCCGUACGGCCGGGUCGCGUGCGAAUGGCGGGUGGAAGGCGGUUUGAUGAGGGUCAGAAUCGAGGUACCUCCCAAUUCAUCCGCGUUGGUGAGGUUACCGGGAUCGGGUGAAGUGGCCGUAGGCAGCGGGGUGAGGACAUUCGAGGUGGACUGGAUGCCUGACCCUGCGUGGCCCCCUCAUCCUGUACCGAGGCGGUAUAAUCAGACACCAGCCAUCGAUGAGAUCGUCGAGUGA